CAUAUGACACUGAUGAGAGGACUGAUCCCACUGUGCAGGCCAACUCCACUGACGUCCUCCGUGAAAACAAAGGCAGCUCGGACACUUGUCAGGGAUGAGAUGCUGUAGACUGACAUUGUUUGGAGGUUGUAGUCGAUAAUAUGAGGAGGAUGGAUUGUCGGGGACUUCUGGCUGCUGUGGCCGCCGCCUGUCUACUAGGCAUUGCAUUGAGCCAGACGACACUUACUCCUGCUGUGAUGAGCACUACUUUUGUUGAGAAUGUGACCGGUCUGACUGUAACUCCCGUGAUUCUCAGUAGCACGACCCCAGGCUGCUCUGCAUUCAACACCUCUACUUGUGAGCCGUGUGCACCCGGAUCGCAAUAUGACAACAACACGCUGCUGUGUGCAUGCUGCACUGAGCCUGGGCUGUGUCUAUUUCCUGGAGCAUGCCUGCUGUGUCCAACCGGCUUUUAUCAGCCUCUGGCUGGACAGCAGCAGUGUCUGCCCUGCAACCGAGGCUUUUACACAAAUUUCACUGGAAGUCCAUUAUGUCAUGCGUGCCUUCCCGGAAGCUUCAACAAUAACACUGGACAAAGCAGUUGCACAAGUUGUUCUCCAGGUUUUUUUGCAUCUAUGCAGAGCUCCACCUCGUGCUCACCAUGCUCAGUUGGACGUUUCUGCAAUUCCUCUGGUUGCACUCAGUGCCAGACAUGUCCAGCAGGAAGAGAAGCUCUGGAAUCGGCUGCAAAAGACUGCACACCAUGUCGACCAGGCAUGCACAAGCCAGCCCAUCAGACCAUGUGUCAAAUCUGUGGCAGUGGAUUCUACCAAAUCCGCUGGGGUCAGGAGAAAUGUGACAUCUGCCCGGAGAAUCACUACUGUCCUAGUCCAGAUGUGAACCCCAUUCAGUGUCCCAGCGAUGCCUUUUGUCCAGCCGGCAGCUUGGCUCCAGGAUACUGCAUGGAAACCUUUUUCCGAAAAGCAGGAGACACAUGUGAACUGGCUCCUGUCACUAUCGCUCUAUUAGUCAUAGGAGGAGGAGUGGCCCUACUCUUCGUCAUUUUAAUGGUGCUUCGGCGACGGAGAGACACCGACGGAGAACUGUCUGUAGCUCGGGCUCCACUGUUACGUAAAGAGCGACCUCAGGGCCGAUACUAUGGGAUUCCUUGUGAUGCAGAGCCUGUUUACGCCGGAUGGUGAAAAAAUGGACCUCAGCUUUAACAGACAAAACAAACUGAAGCCUUCAUACAUUUCUCAGCUUAAGAAAACAAGAGCUGAUAUCAUGCACUGGGUGUUGUGGUGCCUUGACACUUCCUUACAAUUCAGCAACUUUUUCAUGUGUAUUUAAAUAUAUUAUUAAGAAAGAGACCCUGACUCUUUUGUAAAAAUCUUGUAGGUUGACACUGUUCUACUUAGGGGUAAACCCUUUCCUUUUGUAAGGUCUUGGUUAUUGAAUUAUGAGAGGUAUGCUGGAACGGAGAUAAUAAGAUGUGAGCGUCAACUCAGUGGGAACCUCUGCCUCUUAUGAAAAGCAUUUUUUUACCGAGGUAAUUGAUUUAAGUCGGACUCGUGUUCGUGCUUUAACUCUUGUAGUUCCUCACUUAUAAAGAGGUGUAAACUAGUGGUACUUGUGUGGUUUUGUGUGCUUGAUUGCAGUACAUCAUGUUUGUAGUUCCAGAUACCUUUUGCUUAAUGUUUUUCAUCUGCUUUUUUAAAGAUUUUAUUUGAAAGUUUUAAAGGAAAAUAAUAAAAAAAAAAAAGGAUUAAGUUAUAGAGAAUUUAUUACUUAUUUGGGAAACAGACACAUUUCCCCAUCUAAGUCUACAUGCAUGAAGUAAUAGUUUCAUCCCUCAUCCUGAAAAAUAUUCCAAUAAUACAACUGUUUACAUGCAACUUUAGUCCCUAAAUAAAAAUAGUGUAUUUUCAAGGUUUUUCACUAGUGGCAGAUGUUCCAGUUUGUAAACACAUCUCUCAUUUCUUUUCUUUAGAUGCUUUCUGAAAAAGGUGGGCUCUGUAACAUUUACACAUAUCCAAAUAUCUGUUUAUAUCCUUUUUCAUAGUGUUUAACAGUGGGUGUGUUUCUCCUUUUAACCAGAAAUGUGUUUCUACUAUAGAUGUCUGCUCCAAUUACCUGCAAACCUGUGAUAAAACAAGCAAAUGC